GAGGAGGAUGGUUCAAGUCUUUAGAGUUCUGGUUCUCCCUGUGUUGCUGUAUGACUGUGAGACAUGGACUCCUAUGGGUUCAUCAGUGUCAUCCAUGGAGAUUGAGGUGGUUGAUCGCACCAGGGCUGCUUACCAGACCGGGAGGUCACGGCCCCUGCAGUUCCGGCUCCAGCAGCUGCGGGCUCUGCGCAGACUGCUCUCAGAACAUGAGGCAACCAUUUCUGCUGCACUCAAACAAGACCUCAAUAAGAGCCACUUUAAUGCGCAGCUCUUUGAGCUGAUUGGUGUGGAGACGGAGAUUGCUUUGGCUUUGGACAAGCUGUCAGAGUGGGCUGCCCCCAGGCCCGUUCAGAAGAACCUCCUGAGUAUGUUGGUGGAUGCUUACAUCCAGCCCGAGCCCCUAGGGGUGGUGCUCAUCAUUGGGGCCUGGAACUACCCCUGGGCCCUCACCCUGAAGCCCCUUGUGGGUGCCAUCGCAGCAGGUAAUGCGGCUGUGGUGAAGCCAUCAGAGAUCACCCAACACUCUGCCAACCUAUUGAAGGAGCUCCUGCCUCAGUAUCUAGACAAGGAGCUGUACCCUGUGGUGACGGGGGGGGCCUCAGAGACCCAGGAGCUGCUGCGGCAGCGUUUUGACCACAUCUUCUACACGGGGAGCAGCGCAGUGGGAAAGCUGGUGAUGGAGGCGGCCGCCCGGCAUCUGAGCCCCGUCACACUGGAACUGGGGGGGAAGAGCCCCUGCUACGUGGACAAGGACUGCGACCUGGCCGUGGCGUCCCGCCGGAUCACCUGGGGCAAGUUCACCAACUGUGGGCAGACGUGCAUCGCGCCUGACUAUGUGCUGUGUGAGCCCGCCAUCCAGGACCGGCUGCUGCAGGAGAUGCAGCGCACUCUGCAGGAAUUCUAUGGUGAUGACCCUCGGACUUCCCCGGAUUAUGGUCGCAUUGUCAGUGAGCGCCACUUUGAUCGCCUGAUUACUUUGAUGGACGACUGCAGUGUCGCACUGGGGGGACAAAGUGACAGAUCGGAGCUCUAUAUCGCUCCCACAAUCCUGAGGGACGUGGACCCCAGCUGCCGGCUGAUGCAGGAGGAGGUGUUCGGGCCCCUGCUGGCCCUCGUCACCGUCAACGGGGUGGAUGACGCCAUCCGCUUCAUGAACGACCGGGAGAAGCCUCUGGCCAUCUAUGUCUUCUCCUCCAGCAAGAAGGUGAUAAAGAAAGUGCUGGCUGAGACGUCCAGCGGAGGGGUUACUGUGAAUGAUGUCAUGAUGCACUACACUUUGAGCUCCCUACCUUUUGGGGGUGUCGGCCAGAGCGGCAUGGGCCGGUACCAUGGCAGGCACACUUACGACCAGCUGAGUCACCUGCGUGCCUGUUAUGUAACAUCACCCGCACUGGAGAGCUUCAACAAGGCCCGAUACCCACCACUGUCCCACGGCCGUUUGCGCAAGGCCAGGUGCUGCUUACAGACAUGGCUGUGCAGCUGUGCCAGGGCCUCCAUCCUGUGGGUGGCGCUAUCAUCCAUUCUGGCUCUGGGGCUAUUAGUCGCCUUGCUGGUCAUCCUGUUUAAGGACACAUCUAAAUGAAGAACAGCUGCUGAACCCAGUCAUUGAAUUUGUUUAGAAAAAAUCUUUCCACCAUGAGUGUUGUUUUGCAGUCCAAUAAAUAGUAAAGAUGGUAA